CCUAAUUAGUAAUUUGCACAACCUAACCUAUUGUUUAUUUGGUGUACAUGAGCUGUCAGAAAUAAAAUCCACCGUUUUUGGUGGAUACAUAAAAACCACAAAAGUUUUGAAGGGAUUAGGAAAUUCGUGUAGACUGACCAUAGUCCACGAAUUUUCCAACGUCCCGAAAUUUUCAUCGAAUUUCAUUAAUUUCGGUUAAAAAAGAACCGGGUCGUUGGCCGCACCCAAGCGAAUACUCCUAUAUGAUUCAUACAAGAAAAAUAGUUUUUACACGUUUUUUUUAAAGAAUAUUUGCGAAAUUUUGUUGAAUUGAGUGGAAUUUUUUAAUAUUUGACAUCAAGUUUUGAAAAAAAAUGACGGAAGUGUAUAAUUUUGGUUUAGAUGCUGUCUCCUGUCACGCAUGGAAUAAAGAUAGAACUGAGGUAGCAGUAUCGCCAAACAAUAAUGAGGUUCACGUUUAUAAGCAUCAAUCAAUGGGAUGGAAGCAAUUUCAAGUGAUGCAAGAACACGAUCAACGGGUAACUGGAAUUGAUUGGGCUCCAAAGACAAAUAGAAUUGUCACUUGCGCGGCUGAUAAAAAUGCUUUCGUUUGGACACAAGACGAGAGUGGUAAAUGGAAUCCCGCGUGGGUUUUGCUGCGAACAAAUCGAGCUGCUACUUGUGUUAAAUGGUCACCUCUAGAAAAUAAAUUCGCAGUUGGUUCUGGCGAUAGAAUUAUUUCCGUUUGUUAUUUCGCCUCGGAGAAUAAUUGGUGGGUGUCGAAACACAUAAAACGUCCUCUACGUUCAACGGUAACUGCAAUCGAUUGGCAUCCAAAUAAUAAAGUGCUAGUCGCAGGAUCAACGGAUUAUAAAGUUCGAAUUUUCAGUGCUUGUAUCAAGGACAUGGAGGAUCGACAUUAUGAAAGUGCCUGGGGAAGCAAUGAACCUUUAGGAAAAUUAUUUGUCGAAUUUUCAAACUCGCUAAACGGAGGCGGAUGGGUUCACGCUGUAGCAUUCAGUCCGUGUGGAAAUAAAAUCUGUUGGGUUGGACACAAUUCCUCAAUAUGCGUUGCAGAUGCCACGAAAGGAAACGCAGUUGUGAGAUUAUAUACAGAACAUCUUCCAUUUUUAAGUUGUACGUGGGUGGAAUCAAACUCGAUUAUCGCAGCGGGUCAUAAUUGUAUGCCAAUGUUGUACUCGAUCGAUGAUAAUGGUCAAAUUUACUUCGCAUCGAAGUUGGAUAAUACACAAAAGAAAGGUGCCGCAGGAUUAUCAGCAAUGAGGAAAUUUCAAUCGCUCGAUCGUCAAGCGAGAGUGGAGAACAACGACAGUGCUCUGGAUAGCAUUCACCAAAAUACAAUUACUUGCGUUCGCAAAUUAUCCAAUUCAAGGUUCAGUACAAGCAGUUUAGACGGUCAACUUGUCGUGUGGGAUUUAAAGCUCAUGGAGAACUCAAUGGCUGGAAUGAAGAUCGUCUAAUUGACCUUUAAAUGCAAUAUCCAAAACAAUACUAUUGCACUCAGUGCAAUAAUGUAUAAACAUAAUAAUAAAUGUUACCCAUUUUUUCGAAAAUGUGGUUUAUCCGUUCAAA